AUGGCACCAGAUCUGCACUCACUCCCCGCUGGGUCUCGCCCAACGGAGGCAGUACGCCACAAUGGUCCAAACGAGCUGGUACUCGAGCGUUAUAAGUUGCGAGAACUUGCAGAGGGUUGGCCUAUGUACCGAGACGCUUGCGAAUGGGAAAAUCUGACCAAUAUAUUCCAUCCCGAUGCUCAUAUAUACACUACAUGGACUGGCCGAACCCAUCAUCUCGACUUCAUCAACGCCUCAAAGAAAGGCAUGGAUGCUGGUGCAUUCAUCAUGCACCGGUGUCACGGUAGCAGCACAGACAUCAACACGACCGCAACUCGAGCGGUGACGAAAAUGAAGGCGACGAUAACCCAACGUUUCGACCUCGACGGCGCUGAGGCCGAUGCAGAGAGUGACUGCCGAUUUUGCUUCUUCUGGACCAAGGUUGGCAAUGAUUGGAAAGCAAUGUUCGUGAGGCAUUGGUACGAAAAGGACAAAUUGAUUCCAGUGAACCCCUCGAAAGUGCCGGAGCUGGACGAGGAGAAGCUAGCGACGUAUCCCUCUGGAUAUCGGUAUUUGGCCUACUGUCAGGAAAAGACCAUGGGUGUGAAGGUUCUGCUUGAUAUGCCAGGCCAUAACAGAGAGUCUGGCGUGCCUGGUGGGAGCCAAGCUGCGGCGAAGAAGCACGAUGAAUUAUACUGGGCUUGUAAGAGGUGGUUGGAAGGUGAGAACUUCGACAUGUGA